AUGUCGCAUUUAUAUGAAGAAGUGUAUAAAAAGAGAAAGUAUUACGACAGGGCUUUAUGUAAUGAUUAUGAGGACUGGUUAAAUAAAAUCCAAUUUUCCAAAACUGUGUAUAUUGGGAAUUUGUCAAUUUACACAACGGAACAGCAGAUUUAUGAGCACAUGUGUCAAGCAGGAAAUGUAGAAGACAUAAUUAUGGGAUUACAUAGAACAGAGAAAUCUCCAUGUGGUUUCUGUUUCGUUGUCUAUAAAAGUAAAGAAGGAUACAAACAAGCAGUUAACUUUUUGAACAAUUCCAUACUAGACGGAAGAAUUAUACGGGUAGAUGAGGAUCUGGGUAUUAUUGGAAGAAGAAAAUAUGGAAGGGGAAAAACUGGAGUGCAAAAGAGGGAUGAAAGAAAUAAAUAUUAUGAUGAGGAUAGACCCAAAGUUCUCGAUCAGUUAGCUGACAAUCAUUUAAUUUCAAAAAAAAGAAAACUUAACAAUGCUAAUAUGAAUACUAUCCCUACCUACUAUGAAAGAAAUGUCAAGCAGAGAACAUUGUACAAUAAUUAUGCACACUCAGGUGAUUUCAGAAAUAACAAUGCAGUUAAUUUAAAGCCCACCGUUAAAUUAUACCCGAAUGUUCAGCAUUUAAUGACAUAUAAUAGAAAUAAAAAUAAUAGCGGACUGUAUAAUUUGCACCCCAAAAUGGGGAAAAAGAGACGGUUGUAA